GGACGACAAGCAAUUAUUAGAUUCGACAAACUAAAUCAGAAAGGAAGGUAAAUGAAUCGAGCGAGAAGGUUCCUCCAAUGGUCGGAUGCUGCCUGUACUGCACGCUAUGAUUCUGCAACGAGAAUAGAGCAUUGCUACUACUUGCUCGACGACAUGAUCGAAGCAAUGCCAACAAAGGAAUGUAUUGAUUGUUUAAAACUCAAUCUAUACGUCGACGGAAGAGAAACAGAACUCCGGCCGAAAAUAAUGCACCGAAUGAGACGAGCAGAGACGGCAAGGGAUGAGGAGGCUUCUUAUUCCAGUCGCGCCGCGGCUCACCCUUCACAGGUGCAGCAGAUGGCGGCGCGGUUCUGUGUGCCCUUUGUUGCUGGGCCCCGACGGCGGGAUGCGCUUCCUGACGAACACGUGGAAGGCGUCCGCCUCGGCGGCCACGAUAAGUUUUGGAGCACGGAGAUCUUCUUCGGCAGGGUGUGGCCGAGCCGAGGAGACGUCGCCGGCCGUUAGUAGUAGGAGGAGUAGGAGUAGGAGCAGGAGCGACGCCAGUUUGGGGCGGAGGGCCGGAGAGCGAGGGAGGAGAACGGCGGCCAUGUCAUGACCAAGGCUCCAACGAUGGACGGAGUUGGUGGCGAGGGAGAUUUAAAUACGAGGAGCGAGAGUGCUGAUUCGU